GGGCGCCCCCGGCCCCGCGCGCCUGCGCGGCGACCCCCGUCACGUGACGCAGCCGGGGCAGUCACUGGGCCGCCGCCGUUGCCCGACCCCCGAGGGCUGCUGCGGGCGGCGGGCGCGGAGGCCCCCGGAUCUGCAGCCAUCCAGCAGCCCCGCAGGCUGUGCCCGCCAUGGAUGUGCGGCGGCCUCCCCGCUCCUGGCGCCUGGCCACCCCCCUACUGGGGGCCUGCACCGUCGCCAUCCUGGCCACAGCCGCCCUGCUGGGGCAUUUCGUGCUGCAGGACUUCAUGGUGGCUCCCCGCGGGCCGGGCGCUGUCUAUAGCGUCCUGCAGGUUUACCAAGUGCGCCCGCCGGGAGCCAGCAGUCCAGGGCACCAGCCCCCCUGGGAGCGUCUCCACAGCCCCGGGGCGGCGCCCGCACGGUGCGACGUGCCACCCAACAGCCGCUUCGACUGUGCCCCCGAGAAGGCCGUCACCCGGGAGCUGUGUGAGGCCCGAGGCUGCUGCUACGUCCCCGCACAUGGGGGGCCUCUGGGCUCCCGCAUGGGGCAGCCCUGGUGCUUCUUUCCUCCCGACUACCCGAGCUACAGGCUGGAGAACCUCACCCGCACGGGGACAGGCUACACGGGCACCCUGACCCGUGCCACCCCAACCUUCUUCCCAAAGGACAUCCUGACCUUGCGGCUGGAGGUGCUGAUGGAGACCGAGAGCCGGCUGCACUUCACGAUCAAAGAUCCCGCUAACAAGCGCUACGAGGUCCCCCUGGAGACCCCGCGUGUCAGCCGCCGGGCGCUGGCCCCACUCUACAGCGUGGAGUUCUCCGAGGAGCCCUUCGGCCUGGUCGUGCGCCGGGAGCUGGAUAGACGGGUGCUGCUGAACACGACGGUGGCCCCGCUGUUCUUCGCCGACCAGUUCCUGCAGCUGUCCACCUCCCUGCCAUCCCCGCACGUCACCGGCCUCGCCGAGCGCCUCGGGCCCCUGAUGCUCAACACCAACUGGACCAGAGUCACCCUCUGGAACCGAGACAUCCCUCCUGCGCCUGACACGAACCUCUACGGCUCCCACCCUUUCUACCUGGCUCUGGAGGAUGGUGGGGCAGCCCACGGGGUGUUCCUGCUGAACAGCAACGCCAUGGAUGUGGUGCUGCAGCCAAGCCCGGCCCUAAGCUGGCGGACGACCGGCGGCGUCCUGGACUUCUACGUCUUCCUGGGGCCGGAGCCCAAGCAAGUGCUGCGGCAGUACCUGGCCGUCGUGGGGAACCCGUUCCUGCCCCCGUACUGGGGCCUGGGCUUCCACCUCUGCCGCUGGGGCUACUCGUCCACCGCCAUCACCCGCCAGGUCGUGGAGAACAUGACAGCGGCCGGCUUCCCCCUGGACGUGCAGUGGAACGACGUGGACUACAUGGACGCCAGGAGGGACUUCACGUUCACCACGGACGGCUUCGCGGACUACCCAUCCAUGGUGCGGGCGCUGCAGCAGGCCGGCCGGCGGUACGUCAUGAUCGUGGACCCCGCCAUCAGCAGCUCCGGCCCCACCGGCAGCUACAGACCCUACGACGAGGGUCUGCGGAGGGGGGUCUUCAUCACCAACGAGACCGGGCAGCCGCUGAUUGGGAAGGUGUGGCCCGGGCCCACGGCCUUCCCCGACUUCACCAACCCUGAGGCCCAGGCCUGGUGGCAGGACAUGGUGGCCGAGUUUCACGCCCAGGUGCCCUUCGACGGCAUGUGGAUCGACAUGAACGAGCCGGCCAACUUCGUGAGGGGCUCCCAGGAUGGCUGCCCUGACAAUGAGCUGGAAAAUCCGCCCUACGUGCCAGGGGUGAUUGGCGGGACCCUCCAGGCGGCCACACUCUGUGCCUCCAGCCACCAGCAACUCUCCACACACUACAACGUGCACAACCUGUACGGCCUGACGGAAGCCAUCGCCUCCCACAGGGCCCUGGUGAAGGCUCGGGGGACGCGCCCCUUCGUCAUCUCCCGCUCCACCUUUGCCGGCCACGGCCACUACGCCGGCCACUGGACAGGGGAUGUGUGGAGCAGCUGGGAGCAGCUGUCCUUCUCCGUGCCAGGAGUCCUGCUCUUUAACCUGCUGGGGGUUCCCCUGGUCGGGGCUGACAUCUGCGGCUUCCUGGGCAACACCUCGGAGGAGCUGUGUGUGCGCUGGACCCAGCUGGGGGCCUUCUACCCGUUCAUGCGGAACCACAAUGACCUGCACAGCCUGCCUCAGGAGCCGUACCGGUUCAGCGAGACGGCGCAGCAGGCCAUGAGGAAGGCCUUCGCCCUGCGCUACGCGCUGCUGCCCUACCUCUACACGCUGUUCCACGCCGCCCACACCAGCGGGGAGACUGUGGCCCGGCCCCUCUUCUUAGAGUUCCCCCAGGACCCCCACACCUGGACCGUGGACCGCCAGCUCCUGUGGGGGGAGGCCCUGCUCAUCACCCCAGUGCUCGAGGCUGGGGAGACGGAAGUGACUGGCUACUUCCCCCCGGGCACGUGGUACGACCUGCAGACGGUGCCGGUGGAGGCCCUCGGCAGCCCCCCACUUCCGCCUCCCACGCCCCACGAGUCCGUCGUCCACAGCGAGGGCCGGUGGGUGACACUGCCGGCCCCCCUGGACACCAUCAACCUCCACCUCCGGGCUGGGUACAUCCUCCCCCUGCAGGGCCCCGGCCUCAGCACCACUGAGUCCCGCCGGCAGCCCCUGGCCCUGGUGGCCGCCCUGGAUGGGAGUGGGGCCGCCCGGGGGGAGCUGUACUGGGACGACGGGGAGAGCCUGGGGGUGCUGGAGCGCGGGGCCUACACCCAGAUCGCCUUCCGGGCCCAGAGCAACUCCGUUCUGAGUGAGCUGGUGCACCUGAGCCGCGAGGGCGCUGCCUUGCAGCUGGGGAAGGUGACUGUCCUGGGUGUGGCCUCGGCCCCUCGUCAGGUCCUCGCCAACGGCGUGCCCGUCCCCAACUUCACCUACAGCCCCAACACCCAGAUCCUGGCCGUCCCCGUCUCGCUCCCCAUGGGAGAGAAGUUUCUCAUCAGCUGGUCCUGACGUGGGGCGGUGUGUUCCCCCCUCCACUGUGGGCAGCCGAGGGAGGGCCGCAGGGAGGUGGGUUUCCCACGGACCCAGGGCCUGUGCCGCUCCCACCUGCCGGGUUCGGGCCUCGGGGUCAGAGCUGCCCACUCUGAGCUUGGCGCCAACUGUCCUUGGAGGGCUCCUGGGUUGGCUCCAUCUGUUGAUGCAUCUUGGACCAUUUUCCUCCCCGGAAUCCACAGCUGUGUCAGUGCCCUCGGCUGUUCUGAGAUGGGCCUGUUGCAGCCUGAGGGCCACGUCUCCAUAGCACGUCACUGGGAUGUGUGUCGCAUGGGCAGCCACCAGCCAGGCCCGGGUGGGGUGUGUGUCAUCCCCAUCACUGAAGUCGCUGCUGCCGCUCUUACUGCGGAAAGCUGGGGUUGGCAGCUGCUGCAGGCUCCUUUCUGGGCAGCCGACCCUAUGGCCGUCGGGGGCUGUCUGCUCUGCCUGAGGAGGCUGAGCCCAGGAACCCAGGAGGAUCAUAGGACUUGGGGAAACUUUUACUCUUAAGUGCAAUUGUUUUCAAUUAAAGGGGCAUUUGGAAUCAAGCUGCUCCUGAUUUCUCUGGGAUUCAGGGCAGGAAGGGUGCGUCCCAGGGCCUCCCUCGGCCUGUGUGUGUGUCCCCUGCCUACCCCCAAACCAGCAGCCCUCACGCCCCAGUGUUGCCCCUCACUUCUCAGCCUCAUCCAUCCUAGGCCACGCUUGCCUGUGUGCACUGGACAGUUUUAAGAGAGAACCAACCAGUAAUAUUUAAUGUAUUUCCUUCCAGGCGUACUAAAUCAGAAUUAUCUACAUACGGUUUUGCAUCUUAUUUAGCACUGUUUGAAGCAGUUUCCUAAACCAUUCGAGAUUCUUGCUUUCAUUUGUACAUAUGUGAAUGUCAGCAGGAUUGAGCAUUUCCUCUGCUUGAGGGCCGUGUAGGGUCCUUCACAGAUUGCCGGUUCCGACCCCGUGACCACGUCUCCAGUCGGGGAGCCCGUGGUGGACACCGCUGGUUGCCCGGCCCCUGCCACUCUCCCCUCUCCUCCCUGACAUGAUCCCAUGCUGCUCCGCGGGCCUGGGCCUUACUCCUGCCGGGACUGCCACGCGGGAGGUAAAGCAGCCCUUUUGUAACCGCGAGGAGAAGCCAUGUGUUCAGGACGGCGGAGCUGAAAGCCAGGAGACUGAGCCUCAAACCCCCUGCGUGGCUGUGCACCCCGGCUGCCCCUGCACGGGGAAGGCAGACUCCUUUGCUUGACCCAGUGCUCCCACCAGCCCCGGGCUGGCCGCUCUUGGCUUGUGAGGGCUUCUUAUAUGUGACAAGUAUUUUUCUUAUUUGGUUUGCCUUUCAGUUGUGUCUAACACUGCUUUACUCAGAUAAGUUUAUUUUUCUAGUAGUUAAUUUAUUUUUAAAGUGUUUUUAAAAUUAUUCUGUGAGAUCAAAUAUUCACCUGCUUCUGGGUUGUUUGAUGCUUUCAUUUAAACCUUUAAUUCAUUUGGAAAUUGCAGUGUGUGGAAUGAGUGGAAGAUUUGGCAUUUUCUUGGGUGUCCUGACACCCAGUUAGAACUGCCACACUUAACUAUAUGGCAAACCCUAAAGGCACUACUGCUUCUGGGUUUUCUAGUUUGUUACUUUAGUCUAUGUGUCUAUUCUUCUGUUGGUAAAUUUAUUAUUAAAAAAAAAUCUGGGAAAAUCUCCCCAUUUCAUGUUUCCAGUUUCUUUAAAAUAAUGAAUUUCAUUAAACUGUUCCAUGAUUAAUGUCUAUGGCAGAAAAAUAAGGAACCCCUGGCAAGAAAAAAGGAUUACCUUUAUCUCACCCUUUGGAGAUAAGCUGUUAUAAGUGGGCAAGCCUCCCCCUGACAUUUUCCUGUAUGUCAUGAACAUCUCAUGCCAAUAAAUCUAUUUCUAUAA